AUGAGGAACGGAAUAGAUGGGUACUUGUAUAUGUUAAAGAUCGCUUUUGGGCUGUAUGAUAGUGCAUUGAAGAAGAAUAUUGAGAAUGAAAAAAAAUUGGAUUUUGUUUCUUUUAAUUCCAUCAUGCCAAUUAUUCUUAGUCAUUCUAUUGAAAGACAAUUCCAAAACGCCUACACUAACAAUAUAUUUAAGUUGUUCCAAGAUGGAAUAAGAGGGUUGAUGUUUUGCGAUGCCUCUUUGUUGAGGGAAGAAGGGACAACAUUAAUAUUUGAAGUAGUAGAAAAUAUGUUGGGAAAUAAUGGAAAUCCUGGAAGAGAAGUUUCCUUUAGGGUUAUUGAGGUUCCUAUGCGUUAUAUUAUGGACCGAUGGCGCAAAGAUAUUAAACGUGGGUAUCAAAGCAUCAGUAACAUAUAUGAUGAUUAUGGUUGUGAUGGAAAAAGACUUCGCACUAAGGAAAAACUUAUUAUUGCUAUGGAGAAUGGGCAAUCAAUGGUUGAACAACUUGAAGAAGCAUCUACAUCUGGGGCAAAAGUGAUAUACUCUCCAUUGAAAGUAAGAACCAAAGGUCGUCCACCCAUAAAGAGGAAGCAAUCUAAGGUUGAACAAAUAGUGAAGAAAUCAAUUGCAAAGGCCCAAAAGAAGCUAUGA